AUGGCGGUGUCCAAUAUGACCAUCCAGCUCAAUGUGUCCAAUGGCACCCUGGAAAGCCCAGCCCAUUGCAAUGACCACUGCAGGAAGGUUCUGGCCACCCUCUACAGCCUCGUCUUGUUGGGAGGCACAGCCGGCAGCAUCUUGAUGUCCCAUGUCUUGUUGCAGAGGAAAUCCCAGUCCAUCAUCACUGUCAUCAUCGCCAACAUCGUGGUGCUCCACUCCAUCCUCCUGCUCAGUCUGCCAUUCCGCCUCAGCUAUUACUUUCUCUUGGAGUGGAAGCUUGGAUGGCUCACCUGCAGGGUCAUCAGCAGCAUGGUGUAUGCCCACAUGUACUUCACCUUUCUUUUCUACGUGGCCAUCAUUAUCAUCCGUCUCCUGAUUUAUUUUCAGAGGAUCCUCUUGCAGGAAUUGCAGAAGCGCCAUGCAAUAGCCUUGAGUGUUACCAUCUGGCUAGUGGGAAUGCUCAUUUUUUCCCUGGUUUUUCAGUUCCAAUAUGGUACCCAUAUUCACUCUUCUCAGCAUCACUGUUUUCACUUCUACCAAGAACUCAAUGACACAACUGUAGUCAUCAUCAAUUACUGCAUGAUUGUCAUCCUCAUGGUGACAGUCUUGGUCCUCUCCCUGAUUCAGCUGGUCAUCAUCACUCGACUGACAAAAUCCCUCUGGCCUGACAUGUUCACACACCAAGAGUUUCGAGCUCAGAUCAACAGUUUCUUUUUCCUGGUGGUGAUAGUUGUUUGUUUCCUGCCACAUCACGCCUUUCGGGUUUUCUUCAUUCACAGUUAUUUCCAGAACAAAACAUCCGAGUUAAUUUUGUACAAUGAAAUCUGUAUAGCUCUAACAACUGUCUGCUGCCUGGACAUGUUGUGCUUCAUAGCUGGAUUGGUCCAUUGA